UUGCAAAAUUAUAUCGUCAAAAUAGUUGCAUUGAUAUAAAAACAUUUUUAGAGUUCACACAGCAUCUCUUGAAAAUUAUAGGUUUGAACAAGUUUUCAUUUGAUCAUAUAAAACGUGUACAUUAUCUGAAUAGGAAAAGAACGAACUUUAAGAACAUUUUAAAAACUCAAUUUAUUUUUGUCACAUUCAUAUGGCCUUUUUUUCUAAACCAUGUCACGUAAACAUAAUAGCAAAACCUUCUGUUAUCCAAGCCAAUAUAUAUUUUCUAUAGAUUUCAGCAAGACCCACCAAUGGAUAAUAGACAUACAAGACCCCACUGUUGACAUUAUAUGUUUACAGUCAUUAAGGCAACUGUUGAAGACACCCACAGUCUAGAAUCUAUACAGGAGUCAGAGCCUCUCAUGAUACAACAUGCCAGUGUUGACUGUGCUGAUCAUAUGCAAUCUACAGGUUUCACUUUGGUUCUUUCAGAGUCCAUGUCAACUGCUGACAGUGAAGAGCCAGGCAGUCUGAACCAUGAUAGGAAGGAGCCAAGUGAAGAGCCAGCCAGUCUGACCCACGAUAGGAGGGAGCCAAGUGAAGAGCCAGCCAGUCUGACCCAUGAUUCUUGACAUGACUCAUGGUGAACUAAAAUUGCUUGCAAAGCAUCUGGGACAUGAUGUGAAGACCCACAAGGAAUAUUAUCAGUUGUCUUCCAGUACCAUGGAACUCUCAAAGGUUGCCCUGAUGUUGUAUGCUGUUGAAAAUGGUAAAGUCAAUGAGUGGAAGGGAAGGCAGAUGAAGGACAUAGUAGUAGAAGAUUUACCUCUUCCAAUUGAAGACGAAGAUGGCCAUCAAGAAGAGUCCAUGUCAACUGCUGACAGUGAAGAGCCAGGCAGUCUGACCAAUGAUAGGAGGGAGCCAAGUGAAGAGCCAGCCAGUCUGACCCAUGAUAGGAGAGAGCCAAGUGAAGAGCCAGCCAGUCUGACCCAUGAGUCCAUGUCAACUGCUGACAGUGAAGGGCCAGCCAGUCUGACCCAUGAUGAAAUGAGGCAGCCAAAUCCUCAAGGGACAGGGACAAGAAAAGGAAUGAAACGAAAGUGGGCCAGCGAAGAGAACAUAUGUUUCAUGAACUUUUUUAGAGAUGAAUUAAGAGAAAAAAAAUGCCAUCUGGCUCAAAAAUAAUGGGGUCCCUAAAAAUACUUACCGGAAGAACAGUGGCCCAGAUAAGGGCAAGGGUCCAUAACAUUAUUAUGGAAAAACAAAAAUGGAAAAAGAAUUGUUGAAUUGUGGAAUAUGUUUAUGCCCCUGGUAGGGUGGCAUAUAGCAGUUGAACUGUCCGUCAGUCAGUCAGUCUGUCCAUCUGGCCGAAAACUUAAAUGGCCAUAACUUUUUCAAUAUUGAACAUAGCAACUUGAUAUUUAUACCCCUAUUACAAUUGGUAAUGGGGGCUAUAUAGGAGUCACGUUUGUCGGUCUGUCCCGAUAUUUCAUCCGAUCUUCACCAAACUUGGUCAGUAGUUGUAUGUAGAUAAUGUCUAGGUCAAGUUUGAAUAUGGGUCAUGCCAGGUCAAAAACUAGGUCAUGGGGUCACUUAGUAUGUUUUAAACUGUAAGUUUGUACGGACCAUAGCUAUGUUAUUUAUCGUUACAUUUUUAAAUGACUCGGUACAUUUGUUCACCAUCAUGGAACGGUGUGUCGUGUUAAAAAAAAUUACGUCAAUAUCUCAAAGGUCAAGGUCACACUUGGGAGUUCAAAGGUCAAAUGCUUGGCCGGGCCAUAGCUUUGUUUUUUAUUGUGAGAUUUUAAAAUCAUUUGGCACAUUUGUUCACCAUCAUUGAACAGUGUGUCGGGCGAAAGAAUUACGUCGAUAUUUCCAAGAACAAGGGCACAAUUUGAGUUUAAAGGUAAAAAAUGGCCAUAAUUGAGCUUGUCUGGGCAAUAACUAUGUUGUUUAUUGUGCGAUUUUUAAAUCGUUGGCUCUUUUGUUCACCAUCAUUUGACAGUGUGUCGCGCGAAAGAAUUACGUCGAUAUCUUCAAACUCAAGUUCGUAGUUUUAGUUCAAAGGUCAAAAAUGGCAAUAAAUUAUCUUGUCUGGGCCAUAAAUAUGUCAUUCAUUGUAAGAUUUUAAAAUGACUCUGUACAUCAAUUUUGUUCAAAGUCAUUGGAAGGCUUGUCAUGUGAAACAAUUCAAGAGUUCAAAGGUCAAAAUGGCUAUAAAUGAUAAUGGCAUAAUGAUUCUUAAAAAAUCGCCAUAAAUUGUAUUAUCUUGUUUUGUGAAGACAGCAUACAAAAUAGUCUGUGUCAAUGCGUUAUGUGGGGGUAUAUGUCACGUCUGUGACAAAGCUCCAGUUGGCAUGCAUGUGCAUCUUGUGAAGCUGCACAUAUUGAGUGGUGAAAAGUGAAGGUCAAGGUAAUCCUUCAAGGUUAAAUGUUAAAUAUAUUGCUUCUGUCCGUCCGUCUGAAAACUUUAAAAUUGGCCAUAACUUUUGAGCUCACCUGAGUGCAACAUGCUCAUGGUGAGCUUUUGUGAUUGCCUUUUGUCCGUUGUGCGUUGUAUGUCGUCAACAUUUUGCCUUGUGAACACUCUAGAUGCCACAUUUAUUGUCUGAUCUUCAUGAAAUUUUGCAGAACAUUUGUCACAUUGAUACCUCGACUGAGUUCGAAACUGGGUCAUGCUGGGUCAAAAAUUAGGUCACUAGGUAAAAAAACAAACAAAAAAA